GUUGCAAAUAUUACUGAUAUUAAUCACAUGCUCUCCUGACUGAUUUGCAUCAGCUCUCAUUGAGAUACAGGGCUCAUCAAUAACGACACCACAUUUUCUCAUUUAACUUCCUCUAUAUAUUUCAUGCACAUAACCUUUACAAUCCACCACUUGCAGAAGAAGAUCACUGCAAACAAUGGCGGAGCUCAUCAACAACGAAACCCUUUCACUUGUACUCCUCGCCGUUUUCCUCAUCCUCUUCUACAUCUGGUCCUCAUCCACUUCCACUACCAGAAACUCACCACCUUCUCCACCAAAACUCCCCAUUAUCGGAAACCUCCACCAACUACUAGGCUCUCCCGGAACUCCACCUCAUCGCGCACUUCAAGCCUUAUCUAAACUCCACGGCCCUCUCAUGCUCCUCCACUUUGGAAGCUUCCCCGUCCUCGUCGUCUCCUCCGCCGAGGCAGCACGUGAGAUCAUGAAAACCCACGACCUUGCUUUCGCCAGCAGACCUAGGACCACCGCCUUCGAGAAGCUUCUUUACAACUACAAGGACGUGGCCGCGGCGCCUUACGGUGACUACUGGCGGCAGGUGAAGAGCAUCUGCGUGCUGAAUCUCUUGAGCGCCAAGAAGGUUCGGUCCUUUCGAACCCUUAGAGAAGAGGAGACAAGAUCCAUGAUCAACAACAUAAAGGAAACCUCACGACGGGGAGAAGUUGUGGAUGUGAGGAAGAUGGUUAUGGGGCUUACGAACGACGUCGUCUCGAGGGCGGCUCUAGGGAAGAAGUACUACAAUGAUGGAGAAUUUAAGGAGCUCAUCACCGAAUUUACAGAGUUGGCGGGAAGUAUUCAUAUUGGAGACUAUAUUCCAUCGCUUGGUUGGUUGAGCCGUCUUGGCGGUUUGGACGCUAAGCUAGUCAGUUUGGCUAAACGCUACGAUGCAUUUUUGGACACAGUACUGCAAGAGCAUAUUGAUAGAAGUUCAGAGACGACUAGCAACAGAAAUGAUAAAGGCGUUGAUGAUCAGAACGAGGAUAACAAGGAUUUUGUGGACGUUUUACUUGAUAUUCAGCGGGAAAACUCGCUCCAUUUCCCUCUUGACAGAAUUAGCAUCAAAGCUGUCGUCCAGGACGUGUUCCUUGCUGGGACGGAUACGACGUCUACACUUCUAGAGUGGGCAAUGGCAGAGAUUCUGAGGCACCCAAGGGUCAUGAGCAAAUUGCAGAAAGAGUUGAGGAGUGUAAAAAAGGGAGAAGAAGAAAUAUUAACAGAGGACGACAUGGUUGAUAUGCACUACUUGAAGGCAGUGAUUAAGGAGGCUCUUCGUUUACAUCCUCCAUUUACCCUACUUUUGCCUAAGAUGUCGAUCCAAGAUGUGAAGAUAAAAGGUUACGACAUCAAGGCCAACACACAAGUCCUAGUGAAUGCUUGGCAGAUCGGAAGAGACCCGGAAUCGUUCAGUUACAAACCGGAAGAGUUUGAACCGGAGAGGUUCUUGGAGGUUAACAGUGGUUUAAGUUACAAAGGAACUGACUUCGAGUUUAUUCCGUUCGGAGCUGGAAGGAGAAUUUGUCCUGGGAUUCAGUUUGCUACGACUGUCAAUGAGAUUGGUCUAGCAAAUUUGCUGCACAAGUUUGAUUGGAAAUUGCCUGGUGGAGUAAGAAAUGAGGAUUUAGACAUGAAUGAAUCAUCUGGUUUAACCAUUCAUAAGAAACACCCUCUCAAAGCCGUGGCUAUUCCAUAUUCAUCAGCUUAGUUCCGCUGGUUAGUGGUUACAGUAAGAAAAGUAGCUAGCUUGUGUUCUCUAUGUUCUGCAGUACUUAAUUUAAAUAAAUUGUAUUAGCUAGGCUGUUUUGUUUCUGAAUUGGAUUCCUGUAGUUUAUAAUAACUUUAUAUAUGCUGAUGUUUGAAAUAAGUAGUUGAAAAGUCUCUUGCAAUCCGCGACAGAUAUGUUUGAGAUUUUUAAUACUUGAGGCAAGAAAAGGGACAUACAUUUAUGUUUGAGAUCUUGUAUUAAAUACGAGAAGAUAAAUAGAUGUAUCAAACAUAUAGUGGUUAGCAAGAAAAGGGUC